UCAUUUCCGCCCCAGCAGCCGCUCGCUGCAGUGAUGUUCGGCCUGCUGCUCGCCGCCCUCGCCCUGCCCGGACUCCUGCGCGGGGAUCUGGUGUUCAGAUGCCCGCGCUGCACGGCGGAGGACCAGGACGGCUGUCCCGAGGUCACGCUGUGCGCGGAGAUAGUGCGGGAGCCGGGCUGCGGCUGCUGCCCCGUGUGCGCCCGCCUGGAGGGGGAGCCGUGCGGGGUCUACACGCCGCGCUGCUCCACCGGGCUGCUGUGCUCCCCCAGCGCGGACGCAGAGCUGCCGCUGCAGCAGCUCAUCCGCGGCGUCGGCCGAUGCUCGCGCGGCGCGGAGCAGGACCUGGGUUUGGACCUGCUGCCCACUAAUGAGCUGCACGGCACCGAGAGUCCUCUGGCGAAGAGGCCCCUGCUGGACCCCUGGAACCGGCAGGAGAAAACCCGGCUUCAGACUCAGAACGAGCUGAGAACCAGGAUGAGGACCGGCCUGGGCGACGAGCGAGUCCAGAGAGAGCCGCCGAGCUCCUGUCAGCAGCAGCUGGACAUGGUGCUGGAGGAAAUCUCCAGGAUGACCUCGGAGGACAGCCGCGGCCCCCUGGAGAACCUGUACGGCCUCAAGUUCCCCAACUGCGACCGACACGGACUGUACAACCUGAAGCAGUGCAACAUGUCGACCCACGGCCAGCGGGGCGAGUGCUGGUGCGUGGACCCGCUGACGGGCGUCCAGAUCCCGGAGACGCCCAGAGUCAGAGGAGACCCCAACUGCUACCACUUCCAGGAGGCGCUGCGGGCGCCGCCCACCACGGCCCGCUAACACACACACACACACGCACACACACACACACACACACGCCGGGUUUGAUCCUGCGCUCAGUACAAGGAAAAGCCUUUUUCUCUAAUCUUCACGCUGCAGCCUGAAGCGACACAAACCUGAUCUUUACGAUGAAACUUGUUUUUGCAGAUAAACGGUCCGACGGUUCGAGUUCUGACUUUAUGCUAAUUUUGAACGUCUUCAUUUUUGCCCGGAGCCGUUUCUCCGGCCUCUCGGGUCAAACGGCUCUAAUUGUCCUGAUGGUUGCAGCCAAACGUUGAGUCACUUUGGGUUCAGACUCGUUGCAUGAAGCGUCAUGUUCCUCAUCUAACAACUAUGAUUGUUUUCACAUUUUCCAACACAGAAGCUGAUCAAAUACUGAAAUAUUUACACAGAAAUAAUUAGUCAAACCGGAUAAAAAUACAAAAAUAACAAGAAAAUGUUGUGUAAAACCUGACCUCUUAAAACAGUCGAACUCCCUGGUCUGUAUAGGGAAAGUGAGACUGUAUUGGCUGCUGCAGCCGUUGGUCUUCAUGGAGUCACAGAAAAGCAGGAUGAGCCGGAAUCUGCCUCAGAAUCUGCCUCAGAAAAAGACGCAGCGCCCUUAUUUCUCACCUAAUUUCUAUAAAAUAAAGUUAAACACUUUAAAACUUACUGCCAAAAAACAAUUCAGAAUGUCGUCUGAUGAGUGAUGGUCAGAAACGGCAGCGGUUGGUUAUCUGACCUCGCUAAGCUAAGCUAAGCUAGCACAGCUAACUGACGGCUCCUUUCUCCUCAGUGUCUUCACUGAGCUGAGAAAUGGAUAGUAAAUCAUCACGUCUCUCUUUAUAAUUGUUUUUAUGAACAACGUCCAGGCCAGAGAUUUAUAUCGAUGACGCUGGUCUGAUAGGCGUCAAAUUGAGAUUUUAAUUUCUCACAACUGGAGAUGCUUUUAAAAUGUGUUUAGGCCAAAUGAUCAGAGUGAGUGUGUAUCAGCUAGCAUGUGAUGCUAACUGAUCCGAUCUGAGCUGCUGUUGGUUUCGCUCCUGAGAAAUUCUCUCUGAUUCUCCAGACUCGGGUCACUCUGACCGCCGUUUACACCGGGUAAGAUAGUCACUGCUCACAGCUACUCUGCAGCAUCCUGAGCCAACAUUUUCCCCCCCAAGUUGAUGAUCUGAAACAAGAAAUCAAAGAAAAGCUGUUAAAACUGGAAAUGCUUCUGUAAAAGUAGAAAAACACACGUUACAUCUUGUGACUUUUGUCCUAAAGCAGAUUCUUUUUUUCAUUGUUAAAGAAACUGAACUAAAUUAUUAGUUUGAUGUUUUUAUGUAUGAUUCCCAUUGUGUUCUGUAGUUUCCCUUUAUGUUUAUAAAAGUAAUAAAAGCUGGAUAAAAUCCUCA